AUGGCCUCGGAGACGGCGCCAAGCGUGCAGACGCAUGGCAACAGCAACAGCAACGGCAACAGCAACGGCAACAGCAACGGCAACAGCAACGGCAACAGCAACGGCAACGGCAACAGCAACGGCAACAGCAACGGCAACAGCAACAGCAGCAGCAACAACAACAACAACGGCAAUGGCAAUGGCAAUGGCAUGACACCUGCACGUGGCAGCAAAGUAAAACUGCACGGGCGCGCAUUCUACGAGAGCAUUGGGAGCCCCAAGCUCAUCCUCGCCCCCAUGGUGGAGCAAUCAGAGUUUGCAUGGCGACUGCUCUCACGCUCUUUCCUCCCUCCCGCGCAGCAGACAAACCUCCUAGCCUACUCGCCCAUGUUCCACUCGAAGAUGUUCGGUGACAAGGCGCACUACCGCGACUCACACUUUCAACCCCUCAAGUCGACCCUACCUUCGCCCCCAGACAGCUACCACGUCUCUCAGCUGCCAGUCUCGGAGAGACAUCUCGACGGCAACCCUGCAUUCGAUCGACCGCUCACGGUGCAGUUCUGCUCAAACGACCCCGACGACCUGCUUGCGGCUGCCAAACACGUCGCGCCCUUCUGCGAUGCGGUAGACCUGAACUUGGGAUGCCCACAAGGCAUUGCCAAGAGGGGCAAAUACGGUGCGUUUCUGCAGGAGGACUGGGGCCUCAUCGCAAGGAUGAUCAGGAAAGUACACGACGAGCUGGACGUCCCCAUCACCGCCAAGAUGCGCGUUCUUGAGACCAAGGAGAAAACGCUGGAGUACGCAAAGACCAUCCUGGAUGCCGGCGCGAGCAUCAUCACAGUGCACGGCCGGCGGAGAGAACAGAAGGGACACAACACAGGACUGGCGGACUGGACUAUCCUGCGCUACUUGCGAGACAAUUUGCCCAAGGACACGGUCAUGUUCGCCAACGGGAACAUCUUGCAACAUGCCGAUAUCCAGGCUUGUUUGGACGCUACAGGCGCAGACGGUGUCAUGAGCGCUGAAGCAAACCUCUACGACCCUACCGUAUUUGCCGAGCCGCCUGCAGUAGGAGAAGAAGGCCGCGAAUACUGGCGCGGCAGGGAUGGCAAGGGUGGAUACAGGAUGGAUGCAGUCAUGAGGCGGUACAUGGACAUCAUCCACAAGUAUGCGCUUGGCCAAGAACCACCAACAAGAAAGCCGCUGUGGAUGCCAGGCGACCCAGAAGAGCCGGCACAAGAAGCUCCGGACGAAGAAGAAGGCCCGCCAAAGAAGAAGCAGAAGCAGACACAGACACAGACACCGAAGACAGCUGAGAAGAAGGGACAGCGCACCUCCAACCCCAACUUGACUGCCAUGCAGGCGCAUCUCUUCCAUCUCCUGCGACCACUGGUAUCGCAGCACCACAACGUCCGCGAUGCGCUUGCCCGAUCAAGGACUGGCGACAUCGACGCCUUUGAGAAUGUCCUGAAGCUCACCGAAGCAGCCGUCAAGGAAGGCAUAGCUGCAUACGAGGCAGAACAAGCCAGCGGCACCGCAAACACUAACCCCGUAGCCACCGAUCAGCCUCUCGAAGACCUAGAUCCUUACGAGUCCUCACUAGCCACUGUCGCGCGCUGCAAGCGCCCAUACUGGGUCUGCCAGCCCUAUGUGCGACCGCUGCCCAAGGAGGCAAUUGAGAAGGGCAGCAUGAGUCUGAGUAAGAAAGAGAAGCGCAGACUAGAGAUGGAGGCCGAAGAGGCGAAGAAGGCUGGGCUGGAGCCUGAGGGAAGGGUGCAAAGGGAGGACGUGGACAAUGGUGACGUGAGGAGUAGAGAGAGCUUGGAGGUGAAUGAGAAGAGAGCGGAGAAGAGCGAGGGCGUUGUCGAGGAGCCGAAAGAGGGCGUGGUUUGUGGGUAA